AUGACAACAGAAUCCAGCAUUGCUAAGACUGGAAUAUUCUGGAACAUCGAGGACUGCCCAAUCCCCGAAGGUCUCAAUCCUCGAAACAUUUUAGAGAAUAUCAAAUCAUCUCUUACGAAUGAGGGUUAUGUUCAUGGUGAGGUUUCAGUCCGGGCUUAUUGUGAGAAGAAGAAUUGGAGCUUUGAUGAUUUGUCCCUUGCCGAUAUCACCUUUGAACACGCACACGCAGGAAAUCAUCUUAAGAGAUUUAGGAAAAUUUUAGAGGACAUUCUUUUCUUCACGGUGCAAAAUCGCGUGCGUUACCCCCAAACAAUACACAAGAUUGUGCUGAUCUCAAAAAUCCCACAAGACGAUGAGAUCGCUACUAUUCUUCAAGUUUUGGUUACGGCAGGUUACAUUGUUCUAUUAGCUGUGCCUGAUGCACUCGAAUAUGUAAGCUCUGUAUGGCUUUGGCCAAGCCUAACAGUUAAAGUGAACCCUAUCCACCAAAGUGGAAGCUCACUAUUGGAAGGUGUUGCCAGUAAGGGGAAGAAAAUCCAUGCAAACAUCGAUGACUUUAUUUUUUGCUACUCACACUACGGAAUGACCUUACAAAAAAAAGAUUAUUAUAUGGAAGUUGAUAAAAUGUUAGUGGACAUUGUUUUAUGGGCACUAGACAAUCCUGCACCAUCAAAUUUGUUGGUAAUCUCGAAAGACAUCUCAGAAGAAACGAAAAGUCUUCUACAAGCUUUGGAAUCAAAAGAUUACAAUAUUCUCUUUGCACAGCUUGAGGAAGCUCCAUCAGCAGUUCUACGUUGUACUGAAAGGCCGAAAUGCCUUUUGAAAGUCCCAAAAAGCCUAUUUGGUGGUGGAAAUCCUAUCGACCAAAGGGGAAGCGCACAAGGUGUCCCCAAUCAUGGUAAGCUAACUGGAAUAUUCUGGAACAUCGAGGACUGCCCAAUCCCCGAAGGUUACAAUCCUCGAAACAUUUUAGAGAAUAUCAAAUCAUCUCUUGCGGAGGAGGGAUAUCAUGGUGAGGUUUCAGUCUGGGCUUAUUGUGGUCAGACUAGCAUCUUUCGUGAAUUGUGGUCAGACUAUAAUCAUGCCAAUAUCAUUUUACGAACCUCAGUGGGUGAAGGAAUUGUGGAAGUUAAUCAUAUGAUAGUGGACAUUCUUUCAUUUGGAAUGCGCAAUCCUGCACCAUCAAAUGUCUUGGUCAUCUCAAAAGAAGUCUCAGGAGAAUUCUUCAAUCGUCUUCAGGAAUUGAAAUCGGAGAAUUUCAAUAUUCUCGUUGUACAGCCUGACGAAAUUGAAUCAGAAGCGCUACUUGAUAUCGUAAGCAUGGAUUGGCGUUGGCCGAAGCAAUCAGAUAUAGACAAAGAAAGCGACGAAGUGAUGUCUGAUUCUUAA